AUGACGCAGAGUUCAUUCAGAGUCGAUGAUGCAAGAGGACUGGAUUCCAUGUCUAUUGACCGGCGAAUGCAAUUAAGUUGCGGGCUCCGGGAGGCGCGCGAAGACGGCGUCCGCAAGCGCGGCGGCGCCGGGGACGGACGCGAGGGCGAGGAGGAGGAGGUUGGAGAGGCGCAGCGGGGAGGCGGCGAGGUGAGGAGGAGGGCGUGGCACUGGAGCGCGUGGGAGGCGGACCUGCACGCGCGGAGGCGGGAGAGGAGCGUCGGCGGGACGCGGAGGCCGCAUGGCUCACUGGCUCAGCAUGGCCGCUUCAAACUCUGA